AGGGCCUAUUAACCUGUAACAUAUCAAUUUAUAGUCACCAAGUCUCUCCUGUUCUAGACCCAAAACACUCAUGCCUUCUCCAGCAGAUACAGCCAGGCCCUGUCAUACAUGCCUAGCCUUAUAUCCCUGCUGUUAUGGAGGACAGACCUUCCUUUUUCAUCACCCACCUUUCAUGAAAGAACAAGAUUCACAUUAUCAACCCUGAGGAGCCUAGUGUCAGCAACAUGGAAACAGGAAAUCAGACAAGGGUUUCAGAUUUUUUACUUCUGGGAUUUUCCCAAGACUCAGAACAUCAACCCAUACUAUUUGGUCUGUUCCUCUCCAUGUACCUGGUCACUGUGCUUGGGAACCUGCUCAUCAUCCUGGCUGUCAGCUCUGACUCCCACCUCCACACUCCCAUGUACUUCUUCCUCUCCAACCUGUCCUUUGUUGACAUCUGUUUCACAUCCACCACCCUCCCGAAGAUGCUGGUGAAUAUCUGGACACAGAGCAAAGCCAUCUCCUACAAUGGGUGCCUCAUUCAAGUGUAUUUUUUUACAGUUUUUAUUGGAAUGGACAACUUCCUUCUGACUGUGAUGGCCUAUGACCGCUAUGUGGCCAUCUGCCACCCCCUGCACUACAUGGUCAUCAUGAACCCACAGCUGUGUGGUCUGCUGAUUUUGUUGUGUUGGUUUAUCAUAUUCUGGGUCUCCCUGGUUCACAUUCUACUGAUGAGGAGGCUGACCUUCUGUGCAGGAACUAAAAUUCCACAUUUCUUCUGUGAACUGGCUCAGAUUCUCAAGGUAGCCUGCUCGGACACCUUCAUCAAUAAUGUCUUCAUGUACGUGAUUGCUGCCCUACUGGGUGUGAUUCCUGUCACUGGAAUUCUCUAUUCUUAUGCUCAGAUCAUCUCCUCUUUAAUAAGAAUUUCCUCUGCAUGGGGAAAAUAUAAAGCAUUUUCCACCUGUGGGUCUCACCUCACUGCAGUCUCCUUGUUCUGUGGGACAGGGCUCGGGGUCUAUCUCAGUUCUGCUGUGACCCAUUCUUCCCUGCAAAACUCAGUGGCCUCAGUGAUGUACACUGUGGUCACCCCCAUGCUGAACCCCUUCAUCUACAGCCUGAGGAACAAGGAUGUGAAGGGGGUUCUGGGAAGGCUCCUCAACCUGGCAGCACCUUGUUCAUGAUGGAUCACUGGCCCCAGAACUAAGUGUACAUUGUGGACCCUAAAGAUUAAUGUUGUAAAUUUAAAUAUCCUGGUUCUUUUUCUCUCUUAUAAGACAUUAUUGAUUUUUUCUAUCCAAAGCACAGAUGAUUUCCCUUUUUUUUUCUUUUUUUUUUUUGUAUUAAUAAUGGUUUGGUUCUUCUCAGCAACUCCCUGAGAAACUUCUUUUUGAUUUUUCAUCCCUACAUGCUCUCUACAAUGCUCCUUUUUUGACGAGCAUCUUGCUGCUAUUCUUAAGAUUUCUAACUUUAAAUUUAGAGCACUUGUCAGAUCAAGUGCUAACUUAGUUUCCCAGAAAGUUGUCCUCAUACCUGACUAAUCUUUACCCUAAUUUGCUUGUAUGCUUGUUUUGUUUUUUUUUUCCACAAGAAAUGGAGUGGAAAACAUACAGUAAUCAGAACAAAAUGCUUAUGAUAUCAGGACUAUACAUGUUUCUUCACAUAAAUAACUUAAUUUCAUAUUAAAAAACAUUUCAUUGAGGCAUUGUCUCUCAUUUACUUCACUUUUCAAAAGAAAAGACUGAGAUUCAGGUGGACUACAACCUGGCCAGGUGACUUUGCUAUUCUGCCUUUCACAACAACAGUGAUGUGAUUUCAACUUCAAAGGAAGAAUCUAGGUUUUAAAGGUGUUUUCUUCAGAUGACAUAGAAAUCACUGCCUGGGAAAAUUGAUAUGUGUCAGUCCUUAUGAUUGUUCUUCCACCCAUCACCCUUCCUUUCCUAUUUUCUUUGACCAUUGUUUUCCAUAAUUGCAAUUUUGAGAUAUGCCCUCUAGGAACCAAGAACAUGUAAUAAUGAAUACAAUAAAAUAAGAUUUGUUUUCUCAUGUGUUUUAAUUAUUUGGAACUCUGUGGGAGUGCAUCAGAAAUAAUAGUUACACAUUUGUGGAACAUGUUUAGAACUUAAUUCACUUUUGGGGGAAGAAUGUUUCUAGAAGUGAGUCUACAAGGAAGCAUGGAGUAGUCCAUGGUUCCUCCCACAUUUGUUCCACAUUCCCUGGGAUCCUCUUGCCACCUUCACUGCUUGGCUGCCAACAUCCAGCACAAGCUAAAAUAUACCUUGCCCCAUAUAGGACAUCACAAGCAACAGAAUAAUUAUGUCUUACACCUUUUGAUGGAGAGGUGUGGGAUAUACCAUACUUUUCAUCCUUUAUCUGGGAUAAUGCUGAGGUUUAGAUUUCAUACCAUUUACUGGAAUUUCCCAACAGGAUGAAACUCUUGUUCAUUCUCAGUGGUACCUGACAUGGUGCAAGCUUUAUUAAAUAUAUUUUCUUUUGUGCAUCCACUUCUUCUCUCUCCCAUCCAUGUUCCUUGCUCCUUCCAAUAGUGUUUGCACAUUAAUCCUUGGCUCAGCAGUCACUUCUGCAGAAACAACAACCAAUACAGUGAUAGUGAUGUGAUGUAUUAAGACAACAUAA